AUGGGGUCUCUCAAUGGGAAUAUCUACCUGAUUGCCGCUGUGGCGGUGAUAGGAGGUGGCUUGUUCGGUUUCGACAUCUCGUCCAUGUCUGCUAUUAUCGGCACUCAAAACUAUCUUUGCUAUUUCGAUCAAGCUGGGCCAGGUGAAACCGAAUGCAAGGGCCCGAGGGCAGAUGUUCAAGGCGGUAUCACGGCCUCCAUGGCUGGUGGUUCAUGGCUUGGAGCACUUGUAUCCGGCUUCUUGUCUGAUAUCCUGGGUCGCAAGAAGUCCAUUAUGGUUGGCGCAGUUAUUUGGUCGGUUGUUGUCCUACCUAACCCCCUUUCGCGUGUUGGAAAGAGGGUCAUCGGUUCUAUAAUCACCUGUGCCUCGCAGAAUAUCGCCAUGUUGAUUGUUGGCCGUAUCAUCAACGGUUUUAGUGUCGGUAUCUGCUCCGCCCAAGUCCCAGUCUACAUUGCAGAACUGGCGCCUCCCUCUAAACGUGGCCGGCUAAUUGGUGCGCAACAAUGGGCUAUUACUUGGGGAAUUAUGAUUAUGUUCUAUAUCUCCUAUGGAUGCAGCAAAGUUGAUGGCCCAGCUGGUUUCCGGAUUGCGUGGGGCCUGCAAAUGAUUCCAGCUAUCCUACUCUUCUUUGGCCUUAUUCCUCUGCCUGAAUCACCGCGCUGGCUUGCUCGCAAAGACCGUUGGGAUGAUUGCCUUGCGGUGUUGACCCUGGUGCACGGCAAAGGCGAUCCACACUCCCCUUUCGUACAACGCGAAUUCGAAGAGAUCAAGGAGAUGUGCGAAUUCGAACGACGAAAUGCUGAUGUCACCUACCUUGAGCUGCUUAAACCAAACAUGAUCAAUCGCACUCAUGUUGGUGUUUUCACACAGAUUUGGAGUCAGUUGACUGGCAUGAAUGUUAUGAUGUAUUAUAUCACAUAUGUUUUCGGAAUGGCUGGUCUCACAGGAGACACCCUGAUGGUUUCUGGUAGUAUCCAAUACGUCAUCAACGUCGUGAUGACAAUUCCCGCUCUCCUGUGGGUUGACCGCUGGGGUCGCCGUCCCACCCUCUUAGUCGGAGCCCUCUUCAUGAUGAUUUGGCUUUUUACCAACGCUGGGCUUCUUGCAUCGUAUGGACAUCCUGCACCAGAAGACAGAGCCAUCGAAGCAGAAUCCUGGUUAAUCAGUGGACCUCCCAGCAAAGCUGUCAUCGCGUGCUCCUAUCUGUUUGUCGCGUCUUUCGCUCCAACCUGGGGUCCUGUUUCAUGGAUUUAUCCACCAGAGCUGUUCCCUCUACGCGUCCGUGGAAAGGCCGUUGCUCUUACCACCUCCUCCAACUGGGCUUUUAAUUUUGCCCUCGGCUAUUUCGUUCCCCCCGCGUUUGUCAAUAUCCAAUGGAGGACCUAUAUUCUCUUCGCCGUUUUCUGUGCAGCCAUGUUCAUCCACGUCUUUCUCAUGUUUCCCGAGACGGCUGGUAAGACACUUGAGGAAGUUGAAUCGAUCUUCACCGACCCAAAUGGCAUCAAGUACAUCGGAACUCCCGCCUGGAAAACACGGGUUGACUUCCACCGUGCAGCACUGCUUGAACAGACCGGUGUCAGAGAUGAGGAGAAGCUUGCAACAAACUAUCAUGAGGAAACAACUAAAUAA